GUAUAUUUUAAAAUUUGUGACGUAUUUGAUCAGACUGGCGCAGAGCACAUUGACAUUCGAUAAACAUUGCCACAACCCACAACUAAAAAUAUAUUAAAAAGAACGUCGCGUCGUCUCGGGAUCUAUUCCACAUCGUGCAAAAAGAUACCGUCGUGCCGACGCUUAUGCUUGCCUGUGAACGAACUAAAUCUUAAUUCCGUCUUUUUGGAUCGGGCCACUAUAUUCCUGUAUUAAUGUAAAUGGACCUCUUUCGCGUACGUGUGUACAAUUUUUUUUCUGUUUGUCUGUGAACGAACAUCAGUGUAACCCCUCGCGCCUAGCAGCAACAGCAACAGCAACGGCAAGAAGCGGCCGCAACAACAAAACAAAAAGUGAAAUUGCCUUUUGCGGAAACCAACAAAAAAAAAAGAGAAGAAUUAAGUACAAGCGCACAGACACCCUGAAGCAAGUAAAGAUUGUUGUUAACGCAGCACCUGUGCGUGUGUGUGUGCGUGCGUAGGUGUGGUUGUGUGCGUAUGUUGUUGCGUUCCAACCCAAAAACUAACAAAAAAAAAAAAACGUUCCAAUUGGAAUACCGCCUGCUAAAACGAACAUCUGGCCCCCCCCAAAAAAACAGGCGGCCAAGAACAUUUUAGCCGAAAAGACCAUUCCAACGGGGUCUAAUAACGUUUUUAGACAAAAAGCGAAACAUCCGAGAGGCCGCCAAAGAAGAACGAAAAUAAAGCGGCUACCAAAAUGGGCGAUUUCGAUCUGAAUGUGGAUAGUCUCAUCCAGAGGCUGCUGGAAAAUUUCAAAAAACAAAAAGAGGCCGAAGAGCAUGCCCAGAAGCUGCUCAUCGCUCAACAAUUGGCCGCUGCUGGUGGGGCGGCGGUUGCCGUUGCUGCCGCAACUGCUACUGCUGCUGCUGCUGCCGCUGUCGUCACCACCGCUGCAACGUCAUCGUCAUCCACCAGCACGUCUGCUGCCGCUGCCGCUGCCAGCAGCAGUUGUUCGGGUUCGGCGUCGGCCGCCAGCAAUCACGAUCCGCUGGAGGAUCUGACCGAACAGCAGCGACGCCUGCUGCAACAGUAUUCGAUAUCGCCGCCCAGCGAAACGAUGAUAUCGGCCGAUGGCGAUCAAAUAACGGUGCAUCAUCCGCGCGAGGAGCCCAAGAAAUCUAGAUUGAAAUUGCGCGACUUUUUCGUCGCCGAAUUUGUGCGCAGCUGUCGUACCGGCAAACAGGUGCAGAUGACCGAGGCGGAGGUGCGCGGCCUGUGUCUGAAGUCGCGCGAGAUAUUCUUGCAACAGCCCAUAUUGCUGGAGCUGGAGGCGCCGCUGAUCAUCUGCGGCGACAUCCAUGGCCAGUACACAGACCUGUUGAGGCUUUUCGAGUACGGCGGCUUCCCGCCGGCCGCCAAUUAUCUGUUCCUCGGCGACUAUGUGGAUCGGGGCAAGCAGUCGCUGGAGACCAUCUGUCUGCUGUUGGCCUACAAGAUCAAAUAUCCGGAGAAUUUCUUCUUGCUGCGCGGCAAUCAUGAGUGUGCCAGUAUUAACAGAAUUUACGGCUUCUACGACGAGUGCAAGCGCCGGUACAAUGUUAAACUCUGGAAGACCUUCACAGACUGCUUCAACUGUUUGCCGGUGGCCGCCAUCAUCGAUGAGAAGAUAUUCUGCUGCCACGGCGGCCUCAGUCCCGAUCUGCAGGGCAUGGAGCAAAUCCGUCGCCUGAUGCGGCCCACAGAUGUGCCCGACACCGGGCUGCUGUGCGAUCUACUGUGGAGUGAUCCCGACAAGGAUGUCCAGGGCUGGGGCGAGAACGAUCGUGGCGUGAGCUUUACAUUCGGCGUGGAUGUGGUUUCCAAGUUCUUGAAUCGGCACGAGCUCGACUUGAUUUGUCGUGCGCAUCAGGUCGUGGAGGAUGGAUACGAGUUCUUUGCACGUCGCCAGCUGGUCACACUAUUCUCGGCGCCCAACUAUUGCGGCGAAUUCGAUAAUGCUGGCGGCAUGAUGACCGUGGACGAUACGCUCAUGUGCUCAUUCCAGAUAUUGAAACCAUCCGAGAAGAAGGCAAAGUAUUUGUACAGUGGAAUGAACUCGUCGCGACCCACUACACCGCAGCGAAGCGCCCCAAUGCUGGCGACCAAUAAGAAGAAAUAAUAUAUCCAUCCGCUUCCAUUUCCUUAAAGGUUCAACAAAAACAACAACAAAUACAAAGAAAACAAAACACUUUUAUACAUAUACUAUACAUACAUAUAUAUAUAUAUAUUAUAUUCAAGAUCGAAAAUGGCCGAGGCGAGGCGAAAGAGGAGACCGACAGAGUCGAAAGAGGACAAAGAAAAUAUUGUUAACAUCUCUCUAUGUGCAUAUGGAUAAACGUAUAUGUUAUGUACUGUAUUUGUAUCUAUCGCUAUAUAUAUAUAUAUAUGUGUAUUUUCAUGUGUGAAAAAGAAACCUAAUUAAGUUGAUUCCUGCAUUUCAAAAUUCUUUGUUGAAUGAAAAUUGUUAAAGCCUCCAUACGCCCCUCCCCCCCCACAUGAAAGAAAAUCCCGAAAAUUCAGAUAAAAAUAUAAAUUAAAAAGUACAGCGACGUUAAGCAAUGAAUUUAUAUAUAGGCAUAUUAAUGUAAACUACAUAUAUACGGUAUACUUCUAUAUAUACCACACACUUAACUACAAAACAAACGAACGCGAAUGCGAAAUCGAAAGCGAAACUACAGCAGAAUUGUAUGUUUAAUUCUAUUCCCCCCCCCAACCAAGGCUAGCUUCAAUUUGUGCCCCCCUUUCCCGUGUGCAUUAAAAAUUUGUCUAACAAAAGAAAAAGGAAACAACAAACAAAAAAAAAAGAGUUACAAACAAAAAUACAAACUAUGAAAAUAAAAGGAAGGAUUGUCUACCACUUAAGCUUAAAACAGUUGCACUCUGUGUGCCAGUGUGCGUGUGUGUGCGUGUCUGUGUGUAUUUAAUUUAUUGUUUACCUAGGAAUACGAAUAGAUGAUGUUCUAUUGUGUUUUUUUUUUUUUUUCUUUACUUGUUUUGUCAUUGUUUGUCAUUGUUUAAUUAAUUUAUUGCCCAAACUAUACCCGAUAAACAAAGGAGAAGCAACUGAACCUUAAACAGAGAUAAUUCAAUAUUAUAAUUAUAUGUAUACAUAUGUUUUGCGUUGUACUAGGCUUAAGUGACGCGAAAACUGUUAACUGCUAACCGGUUAAUGGGCAUUUAAGGACACUCGACUCGAGGCUUGUUUUCCCCAUGAAUCCAUGAAUACAAUACCUAGCGAAAAUCCAACCUAACUUUAAAUUUAACUUUAACCUUAGCUUCCCACACUAAAAAAAAAAAACAAAAAAAAAAACAAAAAAACAAAAGUUGGAAGAAAAAACUACAAAAAAAAAGGAGGAGAACAAAUGAAAACGAAUUUUGAAAGCAUUGAAAAGCAUUACUUCGAAGUACUUGAAACACCAAUUUUUUGUGCAUCUUUUAUUUAUAUGAUAAAAUUCGAAGAACUAGCAGAUAUAUAGCAGAUCGAAGGUGUAUAUAUGUACAUGUGUAUAUAUAUAUUUAAAAUAUAUAUAUGUACAUAUAUAGGAGGAGAACGAAAGGAGAAACGAAAGAUAAAACUAAUUUUUUCAUCGUCGUAACUUAUUAGAUUGUAGUGCCUUUUUUGCCUCCCAAAACAACAACAACAACAAACCAAUAACAAAAAUGUAAACUAACAAAAAAUGGUUUAUAUAUAUACAGAUCAUAAAUAUAUAUAUAUAUAUACACACAUACAUACAAAGUAUACAUUUUAUAUGCAAGAGCGAGGAGACAGACAGAUAGAGAGGGAGAGAGAGAGAAUGAGUGAGUGAAGGAGCAGAAGGAGCAGAAGGAGGGUGGGAGGGUUCGAGAAAAGCUUGUGGAAAACAAGUCAAUUAAUUGCAUUACAAAUAAACCAAUAA